AGACCUCAAGACGAUAGAAACCAGGAGGCUACUGUAUAUCUGGGUAAUCUCGAUGAACGGUGCACUGACGCACUCAUUUGGGAGUUGAUGCUGCAAGCAGGACCUGUCGUCAAUGUGCAUCUUCCAAAGGAUCGUAUUUCAAUGGCUCAUCAGGGGUACGGUUUCUGUGAGUUCUUGACAGAGGAGGAUGCCGAGUAUGCAUGCAAAAUCAUGAACCAGAUAAAAUUAUGGGGUAAGCCCAUCAGGGUAAACAAGGCAUCAUCCGACAAAAAGCAACUGGAUGUGGGAGCAAACCUCUUCAUCGGCAACUUGGACGAGAACGUGGACGAACGGCUGCUAUACGAUACUUUCAGCGCGUUUGGUAUGAUGGCUACGACAGCAAAGAUUGCACGAGACCCUGGCACGGGGCUUUCGAAGGGUUAUGGCUUUGUCUCAUACACCGACUUCGAGUCUUCCGACGCCGCAACAGAGUCCAUGAAUGGCCAGUUCCUCAUGAACAAAGCCAUCACUGUGCAGUAUGCAUUCAAGAAAGACGGCAAAGGCGAGCGUCACGGCACCUCAGCAGAACGUCUACUCGCGGCACAAGCACGGAAGAACAACGCGCUUCCCGUCGGCUCCCGCCCUCCUCCUGCGCAGAUGGCUUUUGGUGCUCGUCCUCCUAUGCCAGGGUUCCAGGGUCCUUAUCAAGGGCAGUUUGCGGGCGUGCUCGCUCAGCCUCCACCUCCACCCGGUUUCAACCCGCCGCAGGCGGUUGUUCCACAAGGGAUGCCAGUGAUGGGAGGGAUGCCACCUGUAGGGAUGGGAAUACCGCCUCCACCACCCAACAUGUCCAUGUUUCCUCCUGGAGCAUUCCCGCCUCCGCCACCACCUGGUUUCGCCGUGCAAAAUGUGCCUGGAGCUAUGGUUCCGCCUCCUCCUCCU